AUGGACGCUUUCACACAUCUCGGCAACCAUCUCGUAUCCGACUCGGCAGCUGCCAUAAAUGCCGGAGAUGACGAUCUUUCGACGCUCGAUACCGAUGAGAGCCUGUUGUUCAGAGGCAAGCUUGGCGGCCGAGCAGGUCUCGGGAAUGGCCGCCGCCGCAAUGAUGACGACGACAACGAGACGGAAGCCUACGAUGAGGACGAUACGGAGAGUCUGGCAAGCAUGCCAGUUGGCGCCAUGGGCGGCCUGAGCUUGAAGAACGUGGAGGAAGAAAAGAAGCUUCCGCCGCACGCCUGCGCUUACUGUGGCAUCCACUCGCCCGGCUCAGUGGUAAAGUGUCUUGGCUGUACCAGGCACAAGGAGGUUCAGCUUCACCCCCAGUCAGCUCUUGGCGACACCACCCUCGAGUGCUACAGCUGUGGCACCAAGAACGUUUUUCUGCUCGGCUUCAUUCCCGCCAAGUCCGACACCGUCGUUGUACUUCUCUGUCGUCAACCCUGUGCCGCUGCGCCCUCGUCGAAGGACAUGAGCUGGGACAUUUCGAGAUGGCAACCACUCAUUGAGGAUCGCACUUUUCUGCCAUGGCUUGUUUCCCCGCCCUCGGACAAUGAGCAGCUCCGCGCCCGCCACUUGACGCCACCCAUGAUUGCCCGACUGGAAGAGAUGUGGAAAGAGAACGCAAACGCGACCGCUGCCGAUCUCGAGAAGACUGCCAGCAUCGACGACGAACCGCACCCUGUGAUUCUCAAGUACGACGACCCCUUCCAGUAUCAAAAUAUCUUUGGCCCGCUGGUCAAGAUGGAGUCCGAUUACGACAAGAAGCUCAAGGAGGCCCAGUCCGAGGACGGCCUAGUUGUGAGAUGGGAUUUUGGUCUCAACAACAAACACCUCGCCUCCUUUGCUUUUCCCAAGCUAGAGUCCGGAGAUGUCAAGCUCGCAGUAGGAGACGAGAUGCGCCUGAAAUACAAGGGAGAGCUACGCCCGGCAUGGGAAGGCGUUGGCUACGUGGUUAAGAUUCCCAACAAUACUUCUGAGGAGGUCACUCUCGAGCUGCGCAAGACUGGCAACGACAAGUCCGUCCCGACCGAGUGCACCCACAACUUUUCAGCCGACUAUGUCUGGAAAGCGACCUCGUAUGAUCGCAUGCAGGCGGCCAUGAAGACGUUCGCGGUCGACGAGAUGAGUGUUUCUGGCUACAUCUUCCACAAGCUGCUUGGUCACGAGGUGGCUGUUGCGCCUAUGAAGACGAACCUUCCUAAGAAGUUCAGUGUUCCUGGUCUUCCUGAAUUGAACAGCAGUCAGAUCAACGCCAUCAAGAAUGUGCUCUCCACGCCGCUCAGUCUCAUCCAGGGCCCUCCUGGAACCGGCAAGACUGUCACUUCGGCCACCAUUAUCUACCACCUUGCCAAGAUGAACAACAGCCAAGUCCUCGUUUGUGCGCCUUCAAACGUUGCUGUUGAUCAGCUAUGCGAGCGCAUCAACCUUACCGGUCUCAAGGUGGUUCGACUCACCGCCAAGUCUCGAGAGGACGUUGAGAGCUCUGUCAGCUUCCUCGCCUUGCACGAGCAGGUUCGCAUGCUUGACAGCAAUCCUGAACUGGUGAAGCUCCAGGAGCUCAAGACUCAAGUUGGCGAACUGUCUAGCCAGGACGAGAAGAAGAUCCGUAAGGACGUCGAUUUUCCUUGGCCGGUUGCUGAGAUGCCCAUGAUGUUCUGGACCAACCUUGGCAACGAGGAAAUUUCAGCAUCGGGAACAUCGUAUCUCAACAGAACCGAGGCGUCCAACGUCGAAAAGAUAGUCACUCGGUUCUUCAAAGCAGGUGUCCGCCCUGGAGACAUCGGUGUUAUCACGCCAUACGAAGGACAGCGCAGCUACAUUGUCAACACGAUGCAGAACACGGGCACUUUUAAGAAGGAACAGUACAAGGAAGUCGAAGUCGCAUCCGUGGACGCUUUCCAAGGACGUGAAAAGGAUUUCAUUGUUCUGUCCUGCGUUCGGAGCAACGACAACCAGGGCAUCGGUUUCUUGUCGGAUCCUCGUCGGCUCAAUGUUGCCCUGACACGUGCCAAGUUUGGCGUGGUCAUUGUUGGCAACCCCAAGGUGCUGUCCAAGCACGAUCUGUGGCACCACCUCCUGGUCCACUUCAAGGAGCGCAAGUGCUUGGUCGAAGGACCGCUUAACAACCUGCAGACAUCCCUGCUUCAAUUCAGUCGGCCCAAGAACCACUUCCGUCAACGGGCCCAGCAGAAUUCCUACGCUGCAAGCAAUUCCGGUUUCCGAUCUGGCGGCUACGCCGGUCAUUCUUCUACCGACUUUGGCGAUUCGGGCUCCAUCAUGUCAUACAUCCCUGAUGACGUGUCCAGCCUUCAUAGUGCUCUUGGUGGUGCAGGGCUUGGCAACACUGUUUUCCCACCCAUGUUCUCCAGCUUCGGCGCUGAGAAUUGGCCGGGCCUGCCUGGGUUCAAUCCUAGCUCUGGCGGUCGUGCAAGCGGGAAAGGGCGUGCGAGAGGGGCAGAGAGCAUUGCUGGCGAGAGCGUGGCAACUUCCGAAUACACUGAUGGCACGUCCAGUGUCAUCGGUGCCAAGGGUGUGGGACAGGGCGGCGCCAGCCUCGGUGCUGGGCUGCAAGACGCUCUCCGGUCCCGACCUACCUCGUACACCCAGAGCGAUCGUUUGAAGCAGUAUGUCGAGAAUAGUGGCCGCACCGGCUACUCCAACGGCGGAUACGGCCGCAGAUACGACGAUGACGAGAAGAGCGUUAGCACCGCGUUUGCCAGCCAAAUUGGAGGUGGUUUUGAUUGA